AUGCGUCGCUUGAGGCCAGUGCGUGUCCCUGCGGCCACCCGCCGGGUGCUGCUGCCCGCUGGCACGCCGCGGCCACUAUCGUCAUCUAGUCAAUCAGCGGGCAGCAGUCAGUCCGCUGGCUGGGAGACCAUCAAGCCGCGGUGGGAUGCUGCAGCGUUCGCGUGGCGUCGCCGCUCGGAAGAGGAGGCCGAAGCCGUCAUCAGUGCGGCGCGCACCGAGCUUGAGCGGCUCGAGGCCCAGGCGCGCGGCGGCGGGGCGAAUGCGGACGCGCACGAGCUCGUGGCGGCGGCGACGCCUGCGCGUGCAGCGCUUGGCGCCUGCCGGCGGGCAGGCCGGUGGACAGAGCUGCUCAGCCUGUUCGACGCGAUGGGCCGUGCCAACGUGGCGCGAGAUGGCGCCGCCUUCGAGCACGCGCUCGUAAGCGCCAUGGUUCUCGAGCGCUUUGAUCUCGCGCUCGCCCUGUGGCACGAGCUGCCACGGCAGCAGCCGCCAGUCGCCCCGUCUGUCCGCUCAUACAACGCCGCGAUCAGCGCCUAUGAGCGGUCCGGUCGCGCUGCCGAAGCGAUUGCCCUCGGUGAAAAGAUGGAGGCGGCAGGCGUGGCGGCCGACUCGGACACCUGCCACGUCCUCAUCUGCGCGUGCGAGGGCGCAGCGGACGCGAGGACGGCCAGCCGGAUGCUAGCUAGGCGGCCAGCGAGGCAAGGGCGAGGAGACGAGGGGCGAGGGGCGGGGAGUGAGGGACCGCCUGGGGGACGGGAGGACGGCCCUCGCACUCCUCUCUCGGAUGAGGCACGGCCGAGCGCCGCGCUCCGCCGCAACUCUCCCGAGCUCGUCGCGACCGUGCUGCGCGACGACGGCGCUGUCGACGAGCUGCUGCUCGCGUGCGGCUCGAGCGGCGAGGCGAGGGAGGCGCUCGACGUCCUCUCCGCCGCGGACGGGGAGGGGGAGGCCGCGCGCUCGCCGUCCGCCCUCUACCGCUGGCGGACGCUUGCGCUGCGCGCGUGCGGGGCCGGACCUUUCGGAGCCGAGGCGCGAACGCUGCUCGAGCAGAUCCGACAGGACGCCGCCGGCGCAGAGGGAGGGAAGGGAGGCGCGGAGGGGGGGAGGGGCGUCACAGCCGCGCACCUCUCCGACGCGGUGCGCGCCUCGGCCGCGUCCCGCGAGUGGGAGGCCGCCAUCGCGCUCCACGCUGACAUCUGCAACAAGCCGAUGCGCGACGUGCAGGCGUACAACGCGAUGCUGAUGGCGUGCCUCGAGUGCGGCGCGCCCUCGCACGUGCUCUCGCUCCUCGCGGCCAUGCGCGCCGACGGCCUUCUCCCAAACGCCCUCUCGCUCACCAGCGCGAUCGUCGCGGCGCAGCGGCUCGGGCGGCACGAGGCGGCGCUCGCCCUCUCGGCGGCGCAGCUUCCGCUCGGCGACGCGCUGCGGCUCGGCGCAUUCAACGGCCGCAUCACGGCCUGCUUGCGCGACGGGCAGCCGUCUCGCGCGGUGGCGCUCUUCGAGGAGAUGGGCGUGCGCGGCGUCCCGCGCAACUCCCUCUCGCUCGCUCUCGGCGCCGAGGCGAUGGCGCGCUGCGGCGAGCGGGCGGGCAGUGGGAGAAUGCUCUCGCCACGCUCGAAGUCCUGGCGAGCCAUUGGGCGCCGCCCCGCCUUGGCUCCUCUCCCCUCGCUUCCUCAGUGCGAGGGCGUCGCCCUCGGGAAGGCGCUCGGCGCGUGCACCGCCGCAGGGGCCUGGCAGCCCGCCGCGGCGCUGCUCGCCGCGCGCGCCACCGAGCCACGCGUGCGCGCCACGAUGGUCGUGCGCGCCCUCGAUGCGUGCUCAUCGCGCGGCGCCGUCGACGCCUUGCUGGCGGCGCGAGGUGCGGCUGUCCCACUGGCGCAUGACCCCUCCUCCAGCAGUGCUGGAGACGGGGUGGCGGGGGAGGCCGAUUCCGAGGGGGUGGGGGAGUGCUCACUCGGCUUCGCAGCGCCGCCCCUCGAGGGGGCCGAGCUGAGCGCCGCCGUCACAGCCUUCGCCGCGCACGGCGCGUGGGACCGUGUGGCCUCCGCCCUCGACGAGGCGGAGGAGGCGCGCCGCUCGCUCUGCGCGCCGCCGCUCCAAAAGGCGAUCGAGAGCGCGGCGGAGGCGCGCGAGUGGGGCCUGCUCCUCCGGCUCUUCCGCGGCGGCAGCGGCGGGAUGGCCAUGACUGCCGGCCUCGCUGAUGGCUCACCCGAGGCGCUGCUCGCCACCGCCGCCUUGCUCCAGACGGCGGAGAGGGCGGGCGUGGCGGAUGGCGCAGUCUACGGCGUCGCGGCCCAAGCCAACGUCCGGCUCGGCCGGAGGCUCGAGGCCUGGCAGCUGCUGCAGCGGGCGAGGGCUCGCGGCGUCGAGCUCAUCACGCUUGAGAUGAACGUCCUACUCGGCGCGGGGGCGCGGUGCGGCCAGCUCCUUCCCGCCGUGGCGCUGCUGCACGAGAUGCGCCGCUCGGGCUCGCGCGUCGCUCCGGACGUCGGGUCGUACGACGCGCUCCUGUUCCCGCUCGCCUCCGCGGGCCGGUUUGGAGAGCUGCUCUCGCUCUUCGACGCGAUGCAGAAGGACGGCCUCGCGCCGAUCGAGCCGCACUACCGCCUCGCCAUCUCGGCUUGCGCGGCGAGGGGCGAGGGCGCGCGCGCGGCCGCAAUUCUGCUCCGGAUGCAGUCGCGAGGCAUGCGAUAUGGCCAGGCUGCCGCCGCCGCCAUGCUGGCGUGCAACCGCGAGAAGCGCUACACCACCACUCUCGACAUCUUUGAGGCUCUUCGCGCCGCAGCCAGCGACGCGCCGCCGUCCGUCGCCUUCGCCGGCGGCGGUGACGACGGCGACGGCGCUAAGCGGGACGCGUGGAAGGAGGAGCCGUUCCGCUCGGCAUACGUCUUCAACGCGGCCCUCGACGCGAUGCGGCGACUCCACCGGCCGACCGACGCCGCGGAGCUGCUGCAGGCGAUGCGGCGCGUGCACGGGCUCCUUGCUGGGCUCGGCUUCUUCGGCGAGCCUCGCCGCGCACUGCGGCUGCUGUCGCAGCUCCUCGACACCGACCUGCCACUCUCGAGCGCCGUCUUCAACCGCGCCCUCAAAGUGGUCGGCCGGUCGGCGGAGCGCCGUCCCCUCGCCCUCCGCCUUGUCGCCAUUGGCAGCGAGCGCAGCGCGUGGGACGCCGCCGCCGACAGCGAGCCCUUUGUCUGGGCGCCCGAGGCGGCGCGGCUGGACGCGCGCGCCUUUUGGACCGGCCCGCCGCUCACUGCGGCGCUCGCCUUUUGGCUUCGUGAGCUCGCCGCGCGCUAUCCGCCGUCUGGCGCCUCGCCGCCGCCGCAGUCCGCCGCCCUCGUCGUGUCGGACGGGGCGCGCGCAGGGGGCAGCGACGCCGAGGCGGAGGCGCGGCUCGAGUACGUCUCGCUCGACCUCUCGUCGCACGGGGUGGUGCACGCUACGCUGCCGGCCGGCGAGGCAUACGCCUCAGACGCUCUCGCGCCGCCUGGCCUGCCGCUCCUCAGACCUUGCCUCCGCCUAGUUGGGGACGCGGCGUGCAUGACGCGUGCGUGGCAUGAGCCGCCUCGGUCGGCGCGCCUCGAUGCGCUGCUCGGCGGCGACGACGUGGCUGCCGACGAGCUCGACCACUCGCUGGACGCGCUGCUCGGCAGCCUCGCCCCGCGGGAUGUGAGCCACAAGCGCCGCGACGAGGCCAGGCGGCGAGCCCGCGGCCGCGCCGCUCUGCUCGAGCGAGGCUUGCUUCCCGAUGACAGACUGCUGUCCGAGGAGUCUGCCGCUGCCGCGUUCGACUCUGCGGCCGAGCGCAAGGCUGCGCCCGGCUCGCGGUCUCGGUGGCCGGCGCCGCUGCCUGACGGGCGGGCUGCUUUCAGCUAA